AUGAAUACUUCUGUAACAGAUUCUUCGACAACAGCAGUAACGACGGCAUCAGAAUCGCUGCCUUCACAGUUGUUAUCAUCUAUUUCUUCAGCAACGACACCUGUUGAAGUGAUGGCAAGCCCACCACCAACAUCAGAUGAACUUGAUCCUGACGAUGAAGAGCUCGGAGAUGCACAAAUGGUUCCAGAUGGAGCAAAAGAUGUCGAAAAAAUUUCUAGUUUACGUUAUAUACGGAUGUUUAUCUCAGGAAAGUUAUCGUUUUCGAACGGCUCAAAGCAAUAUCCAUUCGACUUCGAGGAUUUAACUGAUUAUGGACCAAUUGGUGAUGGUGCAUAUGGACGCGUGAACAAAAUGCUUCAUAGAGAAACGGGACGGUGGAUGGCAGUUAAAAAAGUUCGAAUUAUAUCUGGAAAAACCGACGAAGGUGAACGAAAUCGUUCUAUAAAACGAAUCAAACAAGAAAUUGCUGCGUUCAGAAGUGCUUCAGACUGUGUUCAGAUUGUUCGGUUUUAUGGUCUUACAUUCCAUGAGGUAAAUAGUGAUAGUGAUUUGGCAUUGUGGAUAUCAGUAUUCCAGGGAGAUUGCUUGGUAUGUUUAGAAUUGAUGGAUAUCUCGUUGGAAAGGCUGUAUCAUAUUGUUCAUAAAAGAACACCAGGUGUUUUUGACGAAAGAAUUCUAGGUCAUGUGGCUGUAUCGAUAUUGAAAGCUCUAAAUCAUCUCAAGAAUGAAAACAAAAUAAUCCACCGAGAUGUGAAACCGUCAAAUAUUCUGUUGAAUCUGAGUGGUAUGAUAAAGUUAUGCGAUUUCGGUAUUUCUGGUUAUUUGGUGAACUCAGUGGCAAUAACCCGCGAAGCUGGUUGUCGUCCGUAUAUGGCGCCUGAACGAUUGCUGACAAACGCCACUUACGAUAUACGUUCAGAUGUUUGGAGUUUGGGAUUAACACUGGUGAAGAUUCAUCAAGAAGUGGCAAUAGGGGAAUUUCCAUAUCCAAGAUUCAACGAAAAUGAAUUAUUCUAUCAACUUCAACAGGUCGUUUAUGGUGAUCCACCGAUAAUGGGUCCAUCAGAUGUUUAUUCAAUAAGAACCAUUCAGUUCAUCAAUUCAUGGUUACUUAUACAGCAAUAUUAUUUCCUUGUCAAAGAGACAACCUUACGACCAGACUAUAAGAAAUUGAUGAGCACUGAAUAUUUCAAUUAUUAUGAUCAGCUAUUGGAUGGAACACCCUCAUAUAUUGCUUCAUACGUACAAGCAGCAUUGGAUGAUGAACAGAAAGAACAAGAUUCCACUGUAGAGGAUAAUACUGCUGUGAACAAAAUGCAAUCCUAA